UAAAAGUCUUGUUUCGUAGGUUGCCAUUAAACACAUCCCUAAUGAUGACGUCUACUGCACACAUGAGGACGACGAAGGGAACAAAAUUUCCAUUGAGAACGCCAUCAUGUUGAAGCUGGCGGCCAAAUCUGAGGGGGCAUCGCCAUACCUUACCUUGCUGGACUGGUACCAGUUAGAGGAGGAGCUGGUGAUGGUGAUCGAGAGGCCCAUCCCCGCUACGGAUUUAUUUGACCAUAUCAUGGGAAAAGGAGGCUUCGUGAAGGAAAAAGAAGCCAAGAUCAUACUGAGGCAGCUGGUCGAUGCGGCGCUAUAUCUGGAGAACAAGAACAUUUUCCACCGGGACAUAAAGGUGGAGAACAUCCUGAUCGAGACAAGUUCGAAGGUCCCACGAGUUCGCGUUAUCAACUUUGGUCUGAGCUGUUACGACGAUAAAAAAGAGACUUAUCAUGAGUUUUUCGGAACUAUAUUCACCCCAGAGAUUCACCUUAACAAGGGGUACAAAGCAGGAUCCACCACAGUGUUCCAGAUUGGAGCGGUGCUGUUUAACACCCUCCACAAAUUCGAAAAAUUUGACACGUUAGUUUUUUAUUUAAAGCGUCAAGGUCUCCCCCAAAGCAUCUCCAAGAACUGCAAAGACUUCCUCCAGAUGUGCCUGAGAAUUGACAAAGCAGAAAAAGACAAAGGCUGGACAGCGAGGACCGGAAAAAAAAAAAACAUGAAGAGUUAGAGUCCAAAUAUGAGCAACUGGAACUCCUCGGUGCGGGAGGAUGUGGAAAUGUGUACGCCGGCCACCGCAGGGCCGACAACCU